UGAGAAAGAGACAAAAGUGUCCAGUGUUUUUAUAAAUUGUUUAAAAAUAUAAUAAACAAUUAUUUAUAUUGAUUUAUUAAUAAAAAAAAUUAAUAUAAAUUAAACCAGCUGCUAAAACAAUUUCUAAUCGAAACAAAUAUUAUUUCAUUAAUUUAUAAUGGUUUGUGACAAGUGUGAAAAGAAAUUGGGAAAAGUCAUAACACCAGAUCCAUGGAAAUCUGGAGCAAGAAAUACUGUUGAAUCUGGUGGACGUAAAGUUGGUGAAAAUAAAGCAUUAUCUGCAUCGAAAAAUCGUUUUAAUCCAUAUACAGCAAAGUUUGAAAUAUGCAAAAUAUGUAGACAAAAAGUACAUCAAGUUGGAUCUCAUUAUUGCCAAGCAUGUGCUUAUAAAAAAGCAAUAUGUGCAAUGUGUGGAAAAAAAUUAAUGAGUACUAAAAAUUAUAGACAAUCAUCUACAUGAAUAUUAUUAUAUUUUAUUUUACAUAUAUAAAAAUAGAUAAUUAAUUAUAUAGCUUAAAAAAUAAAUAAAUAAGUUGUAAAUAAAAU